GAGGGUCAAAAAACAAGAACCUGAAUACCACUAGCACCGUGUUUUUGUAAUAGCGAGACCCUCUUUUUAUAUCGUUUUUUUCUCCCCACGUCCACAUUUCCUGGUCAACCUAUUUCAUCAUCCAACCGGCAAGAUGGGAAAUGAAGCAAGUUACCCCCUGGAAAUGUGCUCGCAUUUCGAUGCUGAUGAGAUUAAGCGUCUGGGAAAGAGGUUUAAGAAACUGGACCUAGAUAACUCUGGAUCCCUUAGCGUGGAGGAGUUCAUGUCCCUGCCUGAACUCCAGCAGAACCCGCUGGUCCAGAGGGUCAUCGACAUCUUCGACACCGAUGGAAACGGAGAGGUGGACUUCAAGGAAUUCAUCGAGGGAGUCUCACAGUUCAGUGUCAAGGGGGACAAGGAGUCAAAGCUUCGGUUUGCCUUCCGGAUCUACGACAUGGACAAGGAUGGCUACAUCUCCAACGGAGAGCUCUUCCAGGUGCUGAAGAUGAUGGUAGGAAACAACCUGAAGGACACCCAGCUGCAGCAGAUCGUGGACAAGACCAUCAUCAACGCAGACAAGGACGGAGACGGCAGGAUAUCCUUCGAAGAGUUCUGCUUAGUGGUGGGUGGCCUUGACAUACACAAAAAGAUGGUGGUGGACGUGUGAGCCCAUCCCUCCGCUCCUCUCCCCCCCUCGCUUUCUUCUCCGUCUGUCUCUGAAGAUCUGCUCAAGACAUCUGACAAACGCUCUCUGUGUAUUUCAAUGGAAGUAUUCUCUCUCUCCUUGAAGCCACUUUUUUUUCUUAAGAAACCACGAGCCUCGUGAAGCCAACUGUGUUAUUGAACUCCGAUCCUCUCAAUAACCCGAAGAAAGACAAGAUAUUCUUGUUUGUAAAGAACAUCCCAGUUCAAUGGAGGAGGGAGGGGGAGAAAUGUUUGCUUGUUUAUAUUUAGUUCAUUUUUUUCUUUGUUAUUUUUUUUUUAAAUAUUUAUUUUCGUUCUGGUGUCUUUUUUUUUUUUUAAAUACACAAAUACUCAUGUAAUAUC